UUCACAAAGAUCAUAACAAAACCCCACUUUGUAGUGAGGUUGAGGGGAAAAACAAUGGGGUCUCUAAUGGCCUCUGCAACAUUGACUCUUGUAUUGGCUAUAGUGUCUCUAAGCUUGCCAACACAAAUCUUAGCUGAUAACUACUUGUACUCAUCACCUCCACCACCCAAGAAGUACCCACCGGUGUCUCCUCCAUACCACUAUCCUUCACCACCUCCACCACCAAAAUAUUACUACCACUCUCCACCACCACCUUCUCCUUCACCACCAAAGAAGCCAUAUUAUUAUCACUCUCCUCCUCCACCUUCUCCCACUCCACCUAAGAAGCCAUAUUACUACCACUCGCCACCACCACCUCCACCAAAGAAGAAGCCAUACUACUAUCACUCUCCACCACCACCUUCACCUCCUCCACCAAAGAAACCAUAUUACUACCAUUCUCCUCCACCACCUUCACCUUCUCCACCAAAGAAGCCAUACUACUACCAUUCCCCACCCCCACCAUCACCUCCUCCACCUUACAAGAAGCCAUACUACUACCAUUCCCCUCCCCCACCCCCUAAGAAGCCAUACUACUACCAUUCCCCACCCCCACCAUCACCUCCUCCACCUUACAAGAAGCCAUACUACUACCAUUCCCCUCCCCCACCCCCUAAGAAGCCAUACUACUACCAUUCCCCACCCCCACCAUCACCUCCUCCACCUUACAAGAAGCCAUACUACUACCAUUCCCCACCCCCACCCCCUAAGAAGCCAUACUACUACCAUUCUCCUCCACCACCAUCACCUCCUCCACCAAAGAAGCCAUAUUACUACCACUCUCCACCCCCACCUUCACCUCCUCCACCUUACAAGAAGCCAUACUACUAUCACUCACCACCCCCUCCUUCACCACCUCCACCUAAGCCAUACUAUUACCACUCACCACCACCACCACCACCAAAGAAGAAACCAUACUACUACCACUCUCCACCACCUCCUCCUCCAAAGAAGAAACCAUACUACUAUCACUCCCCACCACCUCCUCACCCUUACCCUCACCCUCACCCUCACCCUUACCCUCACCCUCACCCUCACCCCCAUCCUCACCCUCACCCACAUCCACACCCUCACCCUCCCUACGUUUACCCCUCCCCACCACCUCCUCCUAAGAAGCCAUACAAGUACCCAUCUCCGCCACCUCCUGUCCAUCACUACCCUCACCCUCACCCUCCCUUCGUCCAUUACUCUCCUCCACCAUCUCCUAAGAAGCCAUACAAGUACCCAUCACCUCCACCACCAGUACACCCUCCUUACACUCCCCACCCAGUUUAUCACUCUCCUCCACCACCUCCUACCAACAAGCCUUACAUCUAUGCGUCACCUCCCCCUCCUUACCACUAUUAGCUAGCAUAGCUCUAUGGAUAUGAAGAAUAUGUGCAACGAAUAAAAGAAAGCGAUAGAAAAGGAAGAAGAAGCGCUUCGCGAUGCACGAAAGAGAAGAAUUGGAAGCAAAGUUUCGGCGUUUUGUCUUUUAUAAAAAAAAUGUUAAAUCAUUAUAAUUUUCUAUGAUAGGGAUUGGUUUCUUGUCUUUUUUCUUUUGUUUAUGAAUAUCGGUGUAUUUUAACAGUUGUAAAGCACUGCGCCCUCGCUGCAUGAUCAUGUAGUUUUCAACCAGCUGCGUUUGCAGGGGUUGUAAAACUAAUAACAUAUAUAAUUAAAUAAAUUAUAUUCUCUCUCAA